AUGGGCUAUGCUGUUUUUGUCUUUGGGCCAGCAGGAUCUGGGAAGAGCACAUUUUGCAGAAACAUAAGGGAGCAUGGAGCCACGAUUGGAAGGAGCUACAAGGUGAUCAAUCUUGAUCCUGCACAGGCAUCGACAGCCGAUGAGUACGAGGUUGAUCUUAGGGAGUUUAUUACAGUUGAGGAGAUGAUGGAGAACUAUGACUGUGGGCCAAACGGAGGAUUGCUAGCGGCGCUUGAGGAGUUUUAUGAGAACAUUGACGAGAUGAGUUUUGGGGAUCUUGAGGAUUCGUUUCUGUUAUUUGACUGUCCUGGGCAGCUGGAGCUGUUUAUGCAUUCUGAUGUGAUGCAGAAGAUAAUUGACCAUGUGAAGCAGUAUUUCAGAUGCGGGAUUGUGUAUGUGAUGGAGGCGCAGUAUUUUGUGGAUGUGCACAAGUAUAUCAGUGGGUGUCUUUGUGCGCUUGUUUCGAUGGCAAGGCUGUCUGUGCCGUGCAUCAAUGUGGCUUCGAAGAUGGACUUUGUUGCUGAGGACGAUUUUUCUGUGUUCUACACGCCAACGAGCGAAAUAUCACGGAUGCUGGGAAGCAGCAAGUAUUCGCAGAUAUCCAGAAGGAUCCUGGAGUUUGUUGUCGAUAGCAGCAUGGUUGACUUUAUUCCGCUGGACUGGGGAAAGGAGGAAUCUGUAGAACGGAUGAUAUAUCACAUUGACAAUGCAGUGCAGUACUAUGAUGAUGCAGAGCCAAAAGCGCGUGACAUUGAUGAUGGAUGCUGA